AUGAUGGGAAAGUUUGAGAAGGGAGAUAAAGAGAGGAGGAAGCAGGAGAGGGAGAGACUGAAGCAGGAGAAGAAGUGGAAAAAGAAGAAGGAGAAGAAGAGGAACAAGAGGAAUAGGAAGAAGAACAACAAUGGGAGUAAUGAUGGUGGCUCGUUGCCAAGGUUUGGGGACUGGGACGAAAGCGACCCAUCAUCAGCAGACGGUUACAGUGCCAUAUUCGACAUCGUUAGGAAAGAGAAGAACACUGGGUUUUGUGUUAGGAAUAUGUCCUUCAAGCUGGCUGAUCAAAUCAAAACAAGGAGGAGAGGCAGGCUCCGCCGUUUCCUCAAAUCUCUGAAGAGAUGGUGGAGUUGCUUGUGAAAGAAGUUUGCAGAGGGAGGUAGGAGAUCAGUGGAUCAAUCAAUGGCUAGCAAGUUUUGAUGCUGCCUGCCUUUGUGUUUCUACCCUGCUGUGAUGUUUGGCUUAAGAAAGAAGGGAUCCAUGUUGGUUAUAUAUGUUGAUUUUUAUUCGUUUUAGUGCAACACCUUUCCCCCUCUUUUGGGGGAGCUAUUAUGUUCUAUUAGAUGG